AGGACAUGUUAUUACAAGAAGAUUUGAUUCAGUUGUUACCAAUGAUAAAUGAAGCUAAUGCUAUGUCUGAAGAACUCGGCAAAAAAGUGAAGUUUGAAAUAGCUUUGGUCUCAUCACAGGCUCUAGGCUUAGAACAUGAAAAGACUGAGGUGAUGGUAAAGAUGAAACAUAUGGAAAAUGAAAAUGAAUGGAUGUUUUCAAGAAAUGAUUUUAUUAACAGGAAAUAUUUGAUGCAAGAAAUGUACGCUAAUUAUAUGCAAGGAGAUGAGGAUUGGGAUGUCCCUCAGGAAAGAGAUCCAUUUUGGGAACCACCAGAGACUGAAGUAUUAGUCGGUACUGUCCAUGUUUACUUACAAUCGUUAGGUUAUAUGAUAGAAUUGCAGGAAAAUUUGGCCAUUGCUGAUUACAGAGGAACUGAUCAAGGUCAUUUGUCUGUAGAAGUACGGCCCUGUAAUGAAUCUUGGGAUGAUAUAGAGGAGGAAUAUUUUAUAGAUAAUCCUGCUGAAUUGAUUGAUAGAAAGAUAUAUUUUAAAUUGAUCAUUCCAUUUGCUAGAGGUCUACCUCAAAGAUUUGCAUCGAGCUGGUGUAAAUAUAAAUUUUUCUUGGAAGAGAAAUCCACUCAGACUCAAGUAGUUUCUGGUACCAUAAAUCCUGAAUAUAAGCAUGAAAAUAAAUUCCAGUAUACAGUCACUAAGCAGCUAAUUGAUUACAUCGCAGAGAAACCUCUUGUCAUAGAAAUAUGGGGUACACAGAAAGGCGAUUCCAAAACAUCCAAACAACAAAAAAGCAGUCCAGCAAAAACGGCAAAGGACACCAAACCGGCUAAAGUAAAUGAUAAAAAAGAAACAGCAAAUAAAAACAAAGAAAUUAAAGUUCCAGUCCAAAACAGUUCCAUACCAGUUACUGAAGUAGCUUCAUUGAAUAAUAAGAUUCAAGGUUUAAUAGAGAAUGCCCAAGCUUCUGGUCAGAGUACAAUAGAGAUCAACCAGCUGGUAAAUUUAUUAAACGACCAACAAUCAACAACAACAGCAAAUAAUUCAUCAUCUAAACCUGCUGAUACUAAAGUUUCUAAAGCCUGUAUAAUACAAUAA